GGGGGAUAUUUCUAAUUCAAUCAAUCCAAAUAGUAACAAAGAGCAAGCUACUCAGGUUCAUUGUUAUUUGCUCCUCCACCAACCCCACAGUGCAGCGUCUACAAACCCUACAUCAGCUGCACCUUAUACCGUGCAACCGCACAUCAACCCCGACAUCGUAGGCACCGUGCAACCGCACAUCAACCCCGACAUCGUAGGCAGCCUGCAGCAGCCACCAACAUAGCGCUCCCCACCGUGCAGCCAUGAUAUCAGGUAUGGCUCAAUAGAGUCCCUUGCCGAUGAUAUUGAUGCACAUGAAUCAGUGCAAUCUCGUCAAAUUCAUUACGAUGAUAUUUUAAGUGAUCAAUUACUUAAUCGAGAUCCAAUUGGUGAUGAUGAGGUAUUGUUAGAAGUUGAGGAAUUUAUGCAAGUAGCCAAUGACAAACAAUUUCAUCUAGAUCUCUCGAAUAUGAUUACACAGGAAAAGGAUGUUAUUCAUUCUAGUGUUGAGGGUUCAUUUACCUUGGGUGAUGUUGAGGCAUCUAUGGAGUUAGUUGUGAAAGAGGUAGAUAGUGGAUUUGGGAGAAAUGGGUCCGAUACGAAGUGGAAAUAUGCUGACAAUACUGACGAGCACAGAGCGGUUGGUAUUAAUAUUUGUUCAACGACGCUCGACACCGAUGCUCGGUUAAUCCCCCCGCGCAUUGACACUACGUGUUUGGGCAUUCCUGGAUGUGUUGACUGGCUCCAUUUUUGGAUGCCGGAUAAUCACAAAGCAGAGCAAUGUUUAUGGAACAAGACGGCUUGCAAGGACCAUGAACCAAACUUGGUAGAGAGACUAGAUGGCUCGGUUGAAGUCUCGGGAGUUACUGAUGUGAAAGUGUCCGAGAGCAAAGAUGGUGGGCAGGAUUUCUUUGGAUACACUGAGGAUGUUGUUACUGAAGGUGCUGCUGACGAUACUUUUAUCAAAAUGAGCUCAGAGAAGGACAACAAUGAGUUUAUUGAGAAAGGCAUAGACUCGCCCCAUAACGAUAUUCUUAUGGAAACAAAGAGAUUUCUGUUGGUCAAGUUGCAUCUGGUGAUGCUGAUUCUGGAAAGUCUUAUGAAAGGAUUGGUGGUUAUGGUGGGCCUCCUGGGUUUUUCCGAGGUGGUUUCAGCAACGGAGAUGGAGAAGGUGAUCGCCCUCAUCGGCAUCUAGAUCGCCGUAGCAUAAUUGGAUGCGAUUAUGAGUCAAAGAGGGAAGAAGCUGGCUGUGGAACCUGGGGUACUCGGACUAAUGAGUAUGAUCAUGUGGUUGACUAUCUCGACUUUUAUCCUUUACUUUACCUCGUCGCAUCAAAUUUGAAUGUGUUUCAAGAGGCUGAAUGUGUUAAGCACGAGGUAAAGACCAUUUUCCUUCUCGAAUCUUUUCAGGCGACAACACCUCUUGUUCUGGUGCUUUGUGAGAAAAAAGAAGAAAUGGAUGAUAUUCAUGAAGAUUUUCAAUUGAAGAGUUAUCUAUAAGAGAAACUCGGGCACAUGACCUAUGGAUUUGGGGAUGUAAUUUAUUUGGAAGUUGUCUGAAGAUGAAGAAAGAUGAGUAUCAAGGGUUUCAUAAUGUGUUUCUUGAUAGCCGAAUUUCUGAGUCCGGAUGCCUUCUUGCUCAUUGGUUUUCACCUUGAGGACAAGGUGAAUUUUAACCGUGGGGGAGCUGAUACGAGAAUAUCUUCAAGAAUAUCCCUCAUAUCUUAUUAAUUAUUUAGCUAUCAUAUCUUUCUAGCAUAUUUAUUUCUUUUUCAGUAAGUUAGGUUUAUUUCUUGCUCAUUAAGUUAAAAUACUCUUAUU